AUGGAUUCUUUCGUACAAGCUAUGACGACUCAACACAUCUGGGAAACUGCGGAGUGGGAAACUCUGAAGCAAGAUGUGCCUGAAGUCACCAAGCUCCAUCUCCGCGACUUGCUCCAGGACCCGGAGCGUUUCUCCCAGUUCUCUGUCGAGUUCGACGGCAUUACUUUGGAUUACAGCCGCCAAAAGCUCACUCCCAAGGUGAAGGAGGAUUUGCUGAAGCUGGCCGAGCGUGCCCAGGUGAAGGAGAAGCUUAACGCCAUGAUGACGGGUAAGAAAAUCAACAUCACGGAGAACCGCGCCGUCCUCCACUCUGCGCUCCGUGCCAACAAGGACGAGCAGGUCUUUGUGGACGGCAAGAACGUGGUUCCUGAUGUCUACGAAGUCCGCGAGCACAUUCGCGACUUCUCCGAGCGCGUCCGCUCUGGUGCCUUCUUGGGUUGCACCGGCAAGCCGCUCACCUCGGUGAUCUCCAUCGGCAUCGGUGGUAGCUACCUGGGUCCCGAGUUCGUCUACGAGGCGCUGCGCAACGACCCCGUCGCGCACAAAGCCGCAGAGGGCCGCGACCUGCACUUCGUGGCGAACGUGGACCCGCUGGACAUCGCGCGCAACGUGGAGAAGCUGGACGCGGAGCGCACGCUGAUCGUCAUCGUCUCCAAGACCUUCACCACCGCCGAAACCAUGCUCAACGCGCGCUCUCUGCGCCGCUGGCUCCUCGAAAAGCUCGCCGGAAAGGCCACCGAGGCGGAGAUCAUCGCGCACCACAUGUGCGCCGUGUCGACGAACAUCCCCGCGGUGACCGCCUUCGGCAUCGACGCGUCGAACAUCUUCGGCUUCUGGGACUGGGUGGGCGGCCGCUACUCAGUGUGCUCGGCGGUGGGUCUGCUGCCUCUGUCGCUGCAGUACUCCUACGCGGUGAUGGAGCAGUUCCUGCAGGGCGCCCACGCGAUCGACGAGCAUGUCCGCACCGCCGACUUUGCCCAGAACAUCCCGGUUAUGCUCGGUCUGCUGGGCGUGUGGAACUCCACCUUCCUCGACUAUCCCUGCCGCGCGCUGCUCCCCUACUCGCAGGCGCUGCUUCGCUUCCCCGCGCACAUCCAGCAGGUGGACAUGGAGUCGAACGGCAAGCGCGUGGCGAUGGACGGCACGCCGCUGCCCUUCGCGUCGGGCGAGGUGGACUUCGGCGAGCCGGGCACCAACGGCCAGCACAGCUUCUACCAGCUCAUUCACCAGGGCCGCGUGAUUCCCUGCGACUUCAUCGGGUUCUGCAAGAGCCAGGCGCCGCUGGAGAGCGAGACGGAGGCCGUGUCGAACCACGACGAGCUGAUGUCGAACUUCUUCGCGCAGCCCGACGCGCUGGCGGUGGGCAAGAACGAGGCCGACUUGGAGGCGCAGAACGUCCCCGUCGAGCUGCGUCCGCACAAGUUCUUCUCGGGAAACAGACCGUCGUCGUCGCUGCUGUUCCCGGAGCUGAACGCGUACACGUGCGGAGAGUUGCUGGCGAUUUAUGAGCAUCGCACCGCGGUGCAGGGAUUCGUGUGGGGACUGUGCUCGUUCGACCAGUGGGGAGUGGAGCUCGGAAAGGUGCUGGCGACCUCGGUGAGGAAGCAGCUGCAUGGAUCGAGAAAGGAGAACGCGGAGGUCAGUGGAUUCAACCCUUCGACCACGGCGAUGUUGAAGAAAUAUUUAAGUGCGUGGUGUGUUUGA